UCUCAGCUCCCAGCUGCACCCUCCAGGCCCCGGAACCUCGUGUUCGCUGCUCAGCCGCCCGCCCGGAUCCCUUUGGCAGGAGCACCGGGCGGACGGCGGCCGCGGCGGGAAGGCGUUCGCCAUGCCCAAAUUGCCAAAAACCAAAGGAGGGAAGCAAGAGAAGAAAGCUGUCCAUCCUUACAGCAGGAAAGCUGCCCAGCUCGCGAGGAAAGCGCGCAAAAAGGACAAGAAAGAAAAGUUAAAGACUGAGAAAGCUUUACGUCUGAGUAUUAUUGGAGAAAAACUGCAGUGGUUCCAGAGUCACCUUGACCCCAAUAAAACUGAAUACACAAAGAAGGAAGCAUGUGAACUAAUUGAAGAAUAUAUGGAACGAUUCACUGCUGAGUUGGAGCAGAUUGAGUUACGAAACAGUAUUAAAGGUAGACAGGGAAGACAGCAUGAAUCAAGGGAAGCUGUCAUCAAGCAGACCAUGGAACGUGAAAGACUGCUCUAUGAAGGCUAUGGGAUAGAAAUCCCAGACAUUGUGAACAGCAAGCACCUUAAAUUUUUCAGGGAGUGGGAUGGUGAUCUGAAAAAGCUGCCAAACAUCAAAAUGAGAAAGCUGUCAUUUAGGGAUGCUGUUUGCAUUCACACUGAGGUGUCAGAUGUGGAAGCUGAAGAACAACCGAAUAAAACAGAAGAUGUGGCAUCAUGAAGAUUCAGGAACUGGAACAGCUGAAGGGAGUUGUAAGAAACUUAUUUCAGUUAUUGUGGAAUCAAGAAUAAAGCUAGUGUUUCUAAUUAUAUUUGCAGAGGGUUUGCUAAUUGCAUUUUUUAUAAGCUUGCUGUGCACCUGUGCUGAAGAGUGAACAUUCAGCCAGCAUAUUAUUGGGUUAAAAUUUUUGAAUAUGAAUCAAAUUCAAUAUUUUGUGCCUUUAUGUCUCAUUCUGUACUUGCUCUUCAGGAUGCAGGUCUCUGAGUUGGCAAACAAAUUGUUAUGUCUUGGAAAUCUGACUAGUUCAGUGCAUCUUCCCUGCUCAUUGAGCAGCCAGGAUUCAGAAACCCGUUGGAAAUACUUUGCAGUGGGAGAUCUUUGCCUUUUCCUGGUAGUUGCAAGAAUAUUUGCAUCAUUUAGUCCAGCAGUAAGCAGGUACCCUGUUAAGUAGAGGGCCCAGCUGGUGACAGCUCUUACACAUCUCUUGUGGAAGUAGUUGGGGUGCCUUUAGGUGAUACAAUAUUUUAAUGUAGUUGUGAGAAACCACAGAAAGGUAAAAAAAAUAAGAAAUAAAAAAAUAAAAGGAACCCCUUUUUGUCUAUAUAAUUUAUGUUUAGUUUCUGUAGUUGGGAAGCCUGGAGAAGGGGAAUAAGAGAGUCUUGCCUCAUGUUACACAGAUGAGAUAGUUGAAUCUUUCCUAUCAGUUUCAUAAUCCUCCCAUGCCUGUGCUCUUAAAGUUGCCUGUUAGGGUUUUGUAUAGGGAUGAGUUUCUUCUCUUACGUUGAAAACAGGAUGAAUGCCCUCAGGAGUUCUGUGUUCUUAUUCUGUUUCUUAAAAAAGAAAGCAGUUGCUGCUAACAGCUGGAUUGAGAAAUACUCCUGUGAAGUUCUUUGUUCUUAAUUUGCUGUAGGGAAUACCUUGAAAUGCUGUCUAACUUGUAAGGUUUAUAAAUUCUAAUGUUAAAAUCCUCUGUUAUAAUGCUUCUUAUAGUUGGCAGGGUUUUUUUUCUGGUUAGGUUAUUUUCUGGAAGACUUCUUUCUUAAUUCGCUCAGAUACUGCUUCACCACUUCUCUCUUUCUUAAUUGUGACCUGCAAAGCUUUAAUUGUCAAAACUCAAAUUUCUUUAAAUGUCAGGGCUCAAAUUAAACAGAAACAAAUUCAUACAAAAAGUAGUGCUUUAACAUAGAAGCCAGCUUGUAUGUAAGAACUUUGUUUUUUGUUUUUUGUUUUUUUUAAAAAGGAACUGUACUUUUUAAUUUGUUACACUGUAAUUUGCAGCAUCCUUCCUUAGGUAUGCUUUUAUUCCUGACAGCCUCGGAGAGCUGAGAUUUCUCUGAGGAACUGGAUGAAUUCUAUUCACAUUUUUUAGUAGCAGAGCUGUUGUGUUCUGAUUCUAGAGCUGAUCAUAUUGAUGGUCUUGGCUGGAAAGAACUAGCUGGCUUUGGUUCCAGUAGCAGUUGGAUUUUGGUUCACAUACACUAAGCAAAUAGCCAUCAGCUGUUGAUUUAAGAAACGAAAGAGAAAAUAAUACCCUUCUCAGGGAUGGCUUCUAGUGGUGGAUUGACAGCUCUUCAGUGUCAGAAACACAAAUGACUGAAUUAAUGGAACUGCUCACCAUGGCUUUUCAGUCUGAUCUACAAUGAGAUUUCUGAAGGGAUGAGAGUACAAACAUUUCUAGUGUGGAAAAGCAAGCCUGCAGUUAAGCAGUUAGCCUGGCUUGUUACUGUAUUUUCACUUUCUUCCUCUCUACCAAAGCGCAUGCUGAUCCUUUGUGGAAUGUCACUAUGUGCAAUGGGAUGCUACAAGCCAAGAAGGCAACAAAGGCAAUAGAUACAAACCAUUUUCUAAGCCAUUCCUAGGUAGUUCAAGAAAUAUACUUGGGAAUUACAUGAUGGAUGAAUUUUUUAUUUUUCUUUUUUACUUUGUUGGGGGUAGCACUUCCAUGCAUCUCUGUAAUGACACUGCCAUAUAUGAAGAUAGAAUCUGGAAUCCAGAAAUGCUGGACUCCAACUUAAAAAAAAAAAAAAGCCCAAGUAGAAGAGUAAUAAAAAAGGAUUUAUUCAUUUUUCUCUGCAGAAAAGAAGUUUUCCGCUUAAGGAACCUUCCUAACUCAGUUUUCUAGGUAAGGGCAAACAGCUGCACUUCCUAAGUAUGUCAGAUCAGCUGGCUUGAUCUUAAGUGAUGUAUCAGUACCAGCAUGGUGUGAUCCAUACAUCACCUUUCUGUUUUCCUUUGCUAAUGAGUUGUUCUGCAGUUCAUGCUAUUGUCUUAAGUGCAGCUGGAAAGAUCUUGUGCAACUUUCCUAACAAUGAAACUCUAAAAGCCAGCUGACUAUGGGAGACUUCCUGCAGUAGUCCAGCAAUUGAAUUCCCUAAAGCUUAACUGCUCAAAUGACAAAUUCUUAAAAGAAACAGUUCAGUGUGCAACAGGUUCCCUGUUACAAAUGACAAAUAAAAUUAAUUUACUAAACCAAAAUGCUGUUAUUGCUUUAAAAAGUCAUUUUCUAGACAGGUUGGAGGAAGGCAGCAGCAUUCUAUUUGUGUAAGUACAUUCACAUGUAGUCAACCAAGACAGCAACAUGCUGAUUUAAAAAUUUACUAAGCAACAGUACCUCUUUCUGGGUCAUGAAAUGGUCAGAAGUUCUUACCCAUAGAUUUUUAAUGAGUAUUCUUUUCCCCAACCCUCCAGCUCUAGAAAUGUGCUAGCAAACCAAGAGGCAAAGUAGCACUUGAGGAACAAUUACUAAAGCUUUUGCCAGAACUUCAUCUGAUUUUUCUCUUUUGACUGCUACUUCCUUUGGGUCUCCUGUAAGCAGCAGUCCUGCUUCUGAGUCUUAUUAAGGUGGGGUUUUUGGUUUAUUUUUAAUAAAACCAUUGAAAAUCUUGUUA